CUGCGAGAGUGCAGCUCUCGCGAUUCCGUCAAUCCUUUGUCUUUGAAAGCUCUCUUUUCUCUUACACGUCUCUUUCCGAACAGAAGCCAACGCCAGGCUUUCUCAAAUGGCCGGCGGAGCCGCCUUCCCUCAAGACGGCGGCGCCUCUCCCGUCUUCUUGCUCCGCCUUGUCCUCGAAAUCGUCUCCGCCAAUGCAGCCGACGGAACUCACGCCGCCCAUUCCCUCUUUAAUAAGGAUUGCACGGAUCUGGUUAGGAGGAUUGCUCUGUUCACGCAUUUGCUCGAGGAAAUCAGAGAUUCUUGUGGAUCCUCUGAUAAUUACCAUGCGAGUGCUUCCUCUUCCUCUGCUUCUUCAUGGUCGGCGGAUCUGGCCGUGGCUCUCCACGCGGCUAAACGUCUUGUGUCCGUUGCCUCCGCCUUCAAUUCCGAUAAUUCCUCCGAUGGAGUUGCCAAAAGAUUGUCUUUCCAAUUCCAAUGUGUUACAUGGAAGUUGGAGAAAGCUUUAGGGAAAAUCCCAUAUGAUCAAUAUCAAAUCUCUGAGGAGGUUCAAGAACAGGUAUCAUUGGUAAGAGCACAAUUGAGAAGAGCAACAGAAAGAUACGGGUCUUUGAAUUUGAGAGAAGUUUCAAAUGCAUUGUCCCAGCGUCUGGAAAAACAUUGUGGGUGUACCAACAGUGAAAUUUCUGCAAACCUGGAUAGUGUUUCAGAAAACCGGGGUAUGAUGAGUAAAAGAUGUGAUGCAGAUCCGAAGAUUAAGAUAUUGGAAAGAGAGAAGAGCUCUUUGACCUAUUCUGAGGUUUCCCUAUUGGAUGAAAUUGAUCUCAAUGGGCUAGAUACUGUAGCCAAUAAGUUUCCUAAAGAAACAAAGAAGCCUGAUGCACUAGUAAUUCCUGAAGAUUUUCUAUGCCCUAUAUCUUUGGAACUAAUGAGGGAUCCGGUGAUUGUGUCCACAGGACAGACAUAUGAGAGGUCUUACAUUCAAAGAUGGAUAGAUUGUGGCAAUUCAACAUGUCCAAAAACUCAGCAGAAGCUGACAAAAUUAACUCUAACGCCUAAUUAUGUUUUGAGAAGUCUGAUAACACAGUGGUGUGCUACACAUAACAUCGAGCAGCCAAGUGGAUUAACAAAUGGUCGGCUUAAAAAGAGCGACGGUUCUUUACACGAUGUUAGUGGUGACAUGGCAGCCAUCCAAGCUCUGGUCUGUAAAUUAUCAAGCCGGUGCUUCAAGGAACGUAGGGCUGCUGUGGCUGAACUCCGGUCAUUAUCUAAAAGAAGCACAGAUAAUAGGAUAUUAAUUGCCGAUGCAGGAGCGAUACCUGUUCUGGUCAACCAUUUAACAACAGAUGAUGUGUCAUUACAAGAAAAUGCAGUGACUUCAAUUCUUAACCUUUCCAUAUAUGAAAAUAACAAGUCUCUUAUUAUGCUUGCUGGUGCCGUUCCUUCGAUUGUUCAAGUUCUCAGAGCUGGAAGCAUGGAAGCAAGAGAGAAUGCAGCAGCAACCCUUUUUAGUUUGUCAUUCGUGGAUGAGAACAAAAUAAUAAUCGGUGCAUCUGGGGCAAUACCUGCUUUGGUAGAUUUGCUACAAAAAGGGAGUGCUAGAGGGAAGAAAGAUGCUGCAACUGCUCUGUUCAAUCUAUGCAUCUAUCAGGGGAACAAAGGCAGGGCUGUGAGAGCCGGAAUUGUAACAGCGCUGCUGAAAAUGCUUACGGAUUCGGGGAAUUGUAUGGUUGAUGAGGCUCUAACAAUACUUUCAGUUCUUGCUAGCAACCACGAUGCUAAGGCUGCUAUCAUAAAUGCUAGUACCAUACCUGUUUUAAUCGAUCUUUUAAGAACAGGUUUGCCCCGCACCAAAGAGAAUGCAUCUGCGGUUUUGCUGGUGUUGUGUAAAAGAGACACAGAGAGUCUUUCCUGCCUAAGUCGGCUUGGAGCCGCCAUUCCCUUGACGGAGCUUACAAAAAGUGGUACAGAGAGGGCCAAGCGAAAGGCUAGUACAUUGUUGGAACAUCUUUGCAGAUUACAGCAGCAGUGAUCGUUAUGAUCGCACUAGACAGUAUGUUAUUCUAUUUAUUAAUUUAUUUCCGAUCGACUCUAAUAUUUCGACAGAGUUACCAUUAUAUUACUUUCAGACAUGAGAAUUAGGGAGAUGAGCAUGAGAUACAAAGUCAUUCUCAUUGCUCUCGCUACUUAUUCAUUUCUUUCAUUGAUGAGUUACCAUUUCUCUCUCUG